UGGCAAUACCACUCACUCGAGAAUUCGGCAGCCCUGGACACAUAUUUAACUAAUUUUCCAUUUGUUUUAAAUCAUGGCAAAAACAAUGAAUUUACCAGACAACUUGCAGUCAAGGGUGUUUGCACUAGGUCCUGCUCCACCUGGGUUUCGUCCCCCGAAGGCCACCGCCUUCGCCACCGCGGAGUCAAAUCUCCGAAGAGCCACUACCUACCUCAAAGACACCAACAACAGGCUCGAAUAUUUGCGUGUUCGUCUGCAGAGGGAGACAAAUCAGGCCAGGCGCAUGUCUUACAAGGAGAAAACCAUGUCCUUCGCCAAGGAGCAGAUCCGGGCCAAGGCACUCAUUACCAAGUACCGGCUCAAGCUAGUCCACCUGCAGGAUGCCGAGAUUUUCAAGGUUACCAAGCACCUCAAGCAAAUGGAGGACCUCCUCGCCGAUGUGAACAACCGACUGGCCAACCUGAGAAGCAAAAUCGUAAAGGAAUCCGAUGCCAAAGUCCGCCAGGUCGACGUCACUAACUCCUUUCACCUGGUGCGGGAGCAGCACAAAACCAAGGUACUCUGCGAGCGGUGGCAGGAUCGUCUGGACCAGCUGAAGAAGGCCAGAAUCGUCAGGAGCGACCAACUACUUCAGAAGCCAACGAGUUUUCAGAAACCACAAGCACUGACCAGAUUACCGGAAAAACCAAAAACAGAACACCAAAAGUUGCAGGAAGCCCUGGUCUUGGAAGCAUCCAAAGCCAAGGGUGCCAAAAAUAACGCCAUUGAAACUGGCUGCAAGAGAUGUGCAUUCCUCAGCAAGAUGAAUAAGCAAGGACAACCCAGGCUUUGUAGAGUAUGUAAAAAAUGGGCUGAUGAUAAGGGCAAGGCCAAAGAAACAGUAACUAAAAAAACGGAGUCGAAUGAUUUAGAGGUUCGAGUGUGCAUGGAUUCUAGCUCAACAGAAUCUACAAUAAAAAUAGAAAUAGAGCCCGUUGAAUUAAAAGAGAUCGAGGAAAUGAGGUCUUUGGAAAAUGAAACUAUCUCAAAUUCCAAAAUGAACAAGCCCCCGCAGCUACUCAAACCAGCAGAACAAUUGCCUGGGAAACCUGGAGAACUAAACAUAAACGGAAAACGACUUCGAGCAGUGCAAGUUAAUAAGCCAACUCAUUUACUAAGCCUAAAUGAACAAUCACCUGGGCAACCUGAGAACCAAAAUCAAAGUGGGAACCGAUUGCAAACGCCUGGUCAGUGGUCAGUAACUAUAUCGAAGGCCAAAGUGAAUAAGCCUCCUGAGCAACUUCGCCGUGUUGAGAAGGCGGGACAACCUGAGGAAUCUCCAAUCGCCAAACGAAUUCGUACAGCACAAGCUCAACGUGAAACUGUCUCGAAUGGUAAAGCUAAUGGGCCUCGUCUUGUUCGAGUUGAACAACAGCCUGGGCAACCUGAGGGACAAAAUCCAAGCAUAAAACGAACAGCGCAAGGUCCACCUCAACCUAUUUCAAAUAAAAAACUUAAUAAGCCUCCUCAACUACUGUCCCGAGUUAAGCAAGUACUAAGGCAACCUAAGGAACAAAAUCAAAACGGAAAACGCCUUCAAACAUCGCAUGUUACUCGGGAAACUAUAUCGAAUGACAAAGUUAAUAAGCCUGCUCAACUAUUUCCCGUCAUUGUAGCUGUUAAGUCGGAAGCAGUAUCCUCAAUUGAGGAGGACCAGGUUACAAGCAAAGACUCUAUCGACCCCAAUAUAAUCACAUCCAUACAAGAUACUCUAAAAUCCAUUGACAGUAAAAAUAUGGCCCUGGCACACCUGAAAAUUUUACAAGAGUAUGCCAUGUUGAAUGACAACUUUCGGGCCAUUGGCCUACUCACGGAAGUCGAAAAAUCUAUUAUCCAUCCUCCCCAGAAGGAAGAUUUCGAUCUUUGAUUUGUAGAUGUUAUAUAUAAUUUCUUUAACUAUCGCUUUUAUUUUUAAGAUGUUAAAAAUAACUUUAUUACUGCCGAGGUCCCUUGUACCACAACGAAGUGAAUUUAUUAAACUAAUUUUAAACAAUAUUUUAAAUUUAUAUGCGAAAAAUACCUACCACAAAAAUAAUAGCCAACCAGCGUGA